UGGGUACUAGCUUCUCAAAGUCGAUUUGACCUCUGGUAUCUUUUGGUACCCAGAAAUAUCUAAUUAUCAGGACAACUAUAAAGGGCUACAGUUUUAGACUAAAUUUUAAUAAUGUUACGAAUACCACGUUUAAUAACAAAGCAAACUUUUGGCAUCAAAUGGAUUCGAUUUAGAACCAUGACGACCAACACAGAUUCCGUGACUCUGUCCGAACAUGAAAUUCAAAGUUUUCAAAGAGAUGGUGCCAUUUGUCUUCGGGGUAAAUUUACACGGGAAUGGUUAGAAAAGGCUAAAGAAGGAAUCCGCAAGGUUUACAGUGAUCCAAGUGAAUAUGGKGAAACCAUAACUCGCGGAGAUGCAACCGGUAAAUYGGUUUAUUUUAACGACUAUAUGAACUGGCAAAGAGUAAGGGAAAUAUCAGAUUUCGUAUUCCAUUCUCCCGCUUCCGGGUUGGCAAAACAGCUCAUGUCGUCACAGAAAGUUGCCUUCUACCAUGAGCAUGUAUUUGUGACAGAGCCUGGAACACAUUAUGCUACUCCUUGGCACCAUGAUCAAUCGUAUUACCCGAUUGAUGGCUGGCAGAACUGUUCAUUCUGGAUGCCACUAAGCAAAGUAUCAAAGAAGAAUUCAAUCAAGUUCAUCAAAGGAUCUCACCGCUGGGGCAAGUGGUUUAUUCCUAUAAAGUUUGAAACUUUCCACAACUAUGACACAAUGGAAGAAGGACGUCAGCAUGAAUUCUCUGAGAUGUUUGACAUUGAUGGACAACCAAGCAAGUAUGAAACAAUGUCAUGGGACUUGGAGCCAGGUGACUGCAUUGCCUUUCACAUGUUGACAGUUCAUGGWGCUCCACAAAAUACAGAUGAGCAYGGCCGCCAAGUUUUGGCCUCACGCUGGCUGGGUGACGAUGCUGUUCUUGCAAAAAGACCRUGGGUUCCAUCACCUCCAGUCUUUCCAAAGGGAUAUAAAACUGGAGACUCAAUUUUCAAUUUUCCUGACAUGUUUCCAGUAGUAGUUAGCUAGGCCUUUUACUUUGCACAUUGUUUUAAAUUACA